GGCCCGGCAGCUGGCGGCAUCGUCCGCAGAUCUGCCGGCCGACAUGUCGCUGGUCGAGCAGCUCAGCUUCCUCUCUUUGGACACCGACCUGGACCGGGUGAAUGGCAGCUUACGUCGCCGCUCCAGCCCGCUCGCCAGCAAGGUGGCCGCCAAACCGCCGCUGGACCCGCGCACCGCGCUGCAGGGCUUCCUCGACCGGCACAUCGACAAGGGCAAUAUCAGCGACCACGUGGAGAUGACGCAGUAUGUCAACCUCUGGCGGACCCGCUCUUUGAACGCACCCAGCCCCAUACAGCAGUUCGGACCAUGCGGACGUAUCAUGAAGAACUCGGCCAUGGUCAUGACCAUCCAGGACCCGGCUAGCCAGCGCCUGACGUGGUACAAGGCGCCGAUGGCCGUGCUCGUCAUCAAGAAGGUGCGCGACGCCUCGGUGCUGCCGCCCUUCAUCCAGCUGGUCAGCUGGCUCACCACGGAGAAGAAGAUGAUCGUGUUCGUGGAGCACUCGACGCUGGAGGAUCCGUUGCUGGCGGGCGCGCCCGCCUGGUCCGGCUUGGAGACGAAGGUUCAGACCUUCACCGAGGGCAAGGACGACCUCACCGACAAGAUCGACUUCAUCAUCUGCCUGGGCGGCGACGGCACCCUGCUAUACGCCAGCUCGCUGUUCCAGCAAUCAGUCCCGCCCGUUAUGGCGUUUCACCUGGGCUCGCUCGGCUUUCUGACGCCUUUCAAGUUUGACCAGUUCCAGGAGCAAGUGGACGCCGUGCUCGAAGGUCACGCGGCGCUGACGCUGCGCUCCCGGCUGCGCUGUAUCGUGCUGCGGAAGGACUCGGACACCAAGUCGAAGCCGCCCAUCAACCUGCUGGUGCUGAACGAGGUGGUGGUGGACCGCGGCCCGUCGCCCUACCUGAGCAACAUCGACCUCUAUCUGGACGGCAAGAAGAUCACCUCCGUUCAGGGCGACGGGCUGAUCGUCAGCACGCCGACGGGCAGCACAGCGUACGCGGUGGCGGCCGGCGCCAGCAUGAUCCACCCGAGCGUGCCGGCCAUUAUGGUGACGCCCAUCUGUCCGCACUCGCUCUCCUUCAGGCCGAUCGUUGUGCCCGCCGGCGUCGAGCUCAAGAUCUGCCUCAACCCGGCCGCGCGCAACACCGCCUGGGUCUCGUUCGACGGCAUGCACUACCAGGAGCUGAAGGAAGGAGAUAGUCUGCGAGUGACCACCUCCAUCUACCCGGUGCCGUCGAUCUGCGCCUCGGACCAGAUCGCCGACUGGUUCGAGUCGCUCGACGAGUGCCUGCGUUGGAACGACCGGAAAAAGCAGCGCCAGUUCGACCCGGCAGAUAUCGCUGACGGCUUCCACAAGCCGACCGACGAGGAGGCCGACUAGCGCUGCGGACCGGCGGGCCCCCGGCGCCGGACCAGGGACCAACGGGCGGAGACCAGGGACCAGCAGCCGCCGCCGGGACCAGCGAGCGGGGACCAGGACCCAGCGCGGCAGCCAGAACCACUGGACUGGUGGAGGGGCCGCCGAUCGGGGACCGGGAGCACUCGGACCAGCGGUUGAGUGUGCAGACCACUGAACGGUGACCUGGAGCCAGCGAGUGGCGACGGAUUCUGUGCCGGGGUCACUGCGCCCUCGCGUCGAGGCCUGCAGACUUGUCUGUCCCUGCGCAGAGGCGUGUCGGCUGUCAGCGCUGCUGUGAAGGAUCUAAAUGUAGAGCCGUUUCUAUGUGACUGCGAAGGCCGUCGUUUUACGGCUACUCUCAGCCUAUAUGGAAGGUUUUAAGCGACCCCUCACAUGUCCGAACCGUGGAAGGUGUGUGGACCAAUGGACAUCAGCGGUGUUGUUCGCGUGACUGCGUUUCCCACUAGCGUGAAUGAAAUCGGUUUUUACUGCGAGCAUGUGCCACCCAGUCAGUGGGAGGAUUUGUGGUACAGAGUUCGUCAGCGAUGCUGUGGGCGCGCGUAUGUGUAGGCGAAACGGCAUGGUCAUCCUUCCUUACUGCUGGCUUGCUUGUUGUAACGCAAAACGGCAACUUUAUGUUGUGACACGAAAUGGAAUGAUUGCGCUGCGAUCAAGCAGGUGUGGUACGCCGAUGAUCGUUAUAAUGGGAUGAUUCUAGUUGAUCAUUUGGCGACGCGGUAUAAGCUGGCAGAGUCCGUGCAUGGUUCUAAAAUAUUUUUCAUCUCCUUCGCGGCAGCCGCUGUCAACAUGGCCAUCAUGUGCACAGCCUUCUCAGGGCUGAAGCCUCCCCUGCUCAUUGUCCGACCUCGCCGCCGCGUGGGCCCGCUCGGCGCCGGCCCCUGAGGUCGGCGGCGGCCGCCUGGUGGGAGCGCUGCUCACCGGGCUGUGGGCCCCUCUCUGCCGCUGGUCCUGGGUUGUGCCGUGCUCGGGCCGCUGUCUGUGGAGGCAUGCCCCGUCCGGCCGCUGUUGGCGCGCCCGCCGUCGGGGCGCGGCCCGCUCUCCUGUCGCUGGUCCGUCGGCCCCGGUUUCGCGCCAGUCUUGGUUGAGGGUCUUUAGUGGGUCGUGCGCGAGUGGUGGCGAUCCACCGGUCUGGGGAUGUGCCACGCGUCACAGUACUGUGUACUUGUGAUACAUAUUUGUAGUUUUAUUACUGAUUGUGCGGUGCUGAUUUGUGACCGUUUACACACAACAUAAUAUGGAGUAUAUUUUACAGCCGAUCUUGAUAUGAAGGAACAGCAUUCUCCAUGUAGCUUGGUACAAUACAUUGCAUUUGCAGACCCA